UUUUUUUUUUUUCCUUCUUUUCCUCGUCCCUCAUCGGAGGAAAAGUUAUCGGAUUCAUUGAUAGUCAAAUUUGUCUUGCUGUGGAUUGGACUUUGGGAUCUCCCCUGUGCCCUCCUCCAAUAUAUAUCAAGGACGUGUUGUCCAGUUCGUCUUCUCCCCACCUAUACAUCCAUCCCAUACAUCCCACUUCUCCCCUCCAAUUGAGUCAUGGCCUCCGGAACCUCCCCUCCUCAUGGCCCCAAGCCCAGGUCCGCCAUCCCUUCCCACAUGUUGAACGGCGGAUCUCCCCUUCAUCUGUCCACGGGCUCCCGGGACGCUCGUGAGCGCGAGAGUCUCAACUCCUCUAUUCGUUCGUCCUUCACUCCUCGCGUGCCUGUGGAGUUCGCCGAGCUGCCCGAGAACAUUCGUCCUGUCGGCGAUUCCAGCCAGUACCAAGACGAUACUCCUUCUGGUUCUCUGACUACUAGACCUACUCUGAGGGAUCCAGCUCGCGAUGCCAGAGAUGAAGCCGGUGCCCUGACCCCGCCUGCCAACGAGAGCCGACCAGCCAGCCCUUACACCCUGUUCCCUCCCAUUGAUUUUGACGGACUGAGUUGGCCUUGCCCUGGUACCCGGGCGCGGUUGGAGUCCACUCCCGAGGAGAAUGAAGAGCGCAUCAAGAAGCUUGCAGGUGCGGUCAGAACUAUCUUGGAAUGCGUCGGAGAAGACCCCGAGAGAGAGGGACUGCGGGAAACACCCGAGAGAUAUGCCAAGGCUAUGCUCUACUUCACCAAGGGAUACGAAGAGAACGUCCGGGAUCUCGUCAACGGUGCUGUUUUCCAUGAAGAUCAUGAUGAGCUGGUUAUCGUCAAAGAUAUCGAGGUGUUCUCGCUGUGCGAGCACCACAUGGUUCCCUUCAUGGGCAAGAUGCACAUCGGUUACAUCCCCGACCGUCGCGUUCUUGGUCUUUCUAAGCUGGCUCGUCUGGCGGAGAUGUUCUCCCGUCGUCUACAGGUUCAAGAACGUCUGACAAAGCAAGUAGCUCUGGCAAUAUCCGAAGUCCUAAAGCCUCGGGGUGUCGGAGUCGUCAUGGAGUCCGCCCAUCUGUGCAUGGUCAUGCGUGGCGUGCAGAAGACUAGCAGCACCACCACUACUAGCUGCAUGCUUGGUUGCAUGCGCUCCAGCGCUAAGACUCGCGAGGAGUUCCUUAAUCUCUUGAACCGAAGAUAGUGUCGUGAUACCCUCUCACCUUACUUCUGCGACGCACUUGCUGCCCCUCUCGUUUUAACACUGGAUGGUUUCAUGAUUUAAGGAGUUAACGGCGGUCUAUACCUUUCAACAGGUCAUUCAUUGGGUAUUUAUGCUGGCAUUACUUCUUUUUCUUGUCUUUUUUGUAAACUGUGACACCGGAGAGUCGCA